AUGGGCCAAAACGCCAGCGCAACCAAAACUCAGGCUACUUACAAACAAACGUUGCCAAAGAGCCGGAUCAAAGAACUUUUUCAAACAAGAGCUUUGCAAACUCUAAGCGCGAGAGAGUUGGCUCUGAUUGCUUCCAAACUCAAUAUCGCCUCUUUCAACGAUUCACAUGUGGUAACUUUGACAGAUCUAGCCUAUCUCCUUCAACUAAGUAACGAUAAGGAAAAGAAUGUACUGUCAAUCCAUGAAGAUUUUGCUUGCGUUGUUCGUAUCCUCUACGAUUCCUUGACUAUUUUGGGUAAUCUACCAUUCUUGGGGGACAGUCUUGAAGCUGAUGACAACAGCCAGCUUACUCUUAAAAGUUUGAUCGUUGCUUCCGCUGUACACACGGGUAGAAUCAAUUCGUUCUGGAAUGAUGCGGAAUACCUAAAAUUGCUAUUCAUCUCCUUAUCAUUUCCACCCACGAAACAGUCUUCAGAAAAAGCUGCUGAAAAAUGGGAGCAGGUCAACGAAGACUCUGCCGAGCUAUCUUUUCGUACGGUUCCAGAUGAGAAAGACUCUUCUGCCCAAAUUGCUUUGAAAAUCAAAUGGGCUGACUUUGAGCAUCUAACUACGUAUGACGAUUUGGAUGUGGAAUGUUUACGAGUGCCUGCCGACAAUAUGGUGAAGUUAAUCACACUUCUCCUACUUGUACGAUCAGUACGGUUACAGUCUCACGAUAAAAUGCAAUUUCUUCUUCAAGAAAGAAUAGAAAAGUGCUGGAACAAAUUUGAAGGUGCGGCUCUUUCACUUGUUCGUUUUAUGAACGUUGAUGUGAAUGCUCUGAAUAUGAAUUCUAAAUGCAUCACCUACGAGCAGUUCAACUCGGGAGUUGUUAAUGGCUUUCUCAAUCUUUUUACAGAUGUGUUUAGGCGCUUGUUUGAGAAUGGCUUUUUGGGCCUGAUCGUAGCGGAUCCAAAGGCACCCCAACCCUUAAAUGAAAACAUAGAGGCCACAGCCACAGAGAAAGAGUCGAAGGCAGCAGCCGACAAAAAACAGGAGAGGAUUAAAAAAGCAUACAAUUUCGAAGAAACACGACUUGUGAAUGAUGCAUCGUUGGCUCUCAUAGCAACAGCAUUACAGGCGUCCGGGAUUAAUGAAGAAAUUUCUCGAGAAACUGUCGUGGAGCUCUAUAAUGGAGCACACGCUGGCUUUUCCAUCCGCUCGCUUGAGCUGAAAAUUUUUAAGUGGCAGGCACCUACGAUAUUUCUUAUUUCGGGAAAGCGCCUAAGAAGUAAGACAAUCGCACAGAAUAAGAGAUAUCAGCAGUUUGAAGACAUGUUCCCCAGAUUCUUCCGGUCAACGGAAAAUCCAAGAAAAGCGUGGCAAACAGACUCAGACAAAAUCACAUACGCAGUUUACGUGGAAGAGCCUUGGCGAAACUCAAACAAAUCGAAUUUUGGAAACGAAUUGACCACAAUCGUCAACCUUCUGCCCAGAUACGAUAUUUACACCAGCAAGCAUGAUCCUGUAAUAAAAGGAAUGCUGGUUUAUUUCAACAACCUUGGAAUGGGGAUUGGCUUUGGCAAUGAUCAGCCGAUAAACAAAAAUAAUGUCCGCCGCAUUAUUCCAGGCAAAGUAUCACUCACUGUGGAGGCUAAUUUGGAAUUCGCCGUCUUCAGGCACAUUUUCAAUUCAUCCGCAAACACUUCAGCAUUCUUCAAUUUCUCUCGACAGGAGGCUGCAAGAAAUGAAGACUACGAGGAUAGAUUUAUGAUCACGGAUUUGGAGGUUUGGGGCAUAGGAUCUACUAAAGAGUUGGAGGAGCAAAAAAAGCAAUGGGAAUGGGAAGAGAAGCAAGCGCAGGCGCGACAAAGCGUCAAUGUCGGAACUCUACUGGAAGACCGAGCACUUCUCGAAAUGGCUGGUCUUAUAGGUAAUCAUGGAUCAGGGGGAUCCGUUUAA